AUGGCGAGCUUCGCAGCAGAUGUGCCUGGCCCGACCCCAACGCCUCCCGCGCCGCCUCCAAAACCCGGCAGCCACGACGCCAGCGGCAUCAGCACCCCCACGGUCUCUGGCAGCGGCAACUCGGGACCUGCAUCACGGCCAGCAUCCGCCAUCGAAGGCCGCCCGCUCCCUGGUGCCAUUGAGCCGCCGCAAGCCAGCAUACCAGAUCCCGGCCCGCAGUGGCUGCCGCGCAUCCUCCAGGACAAGUCAAAGCAAGACAUCGCCGACAUCCUCGCCAACCCGGCCCUCCUCGACGCCCUCACCCAGUCCCCGCAGACGAUCCACCCCUCCCUGCAGUCCUCGCACGCGGCGCUCCAGCGCGCCCUCGCCGACAACGUCGACCUGGCGUCCCACAUGUCCGACCUGGAGACGCGGCUCUCGCGCCAGCGCGCCGCCACGCAGGCGCAGCUGCUGUCUACGCACGCGCUCGAGCGGCAGUGGCGCCAGAAGCAGUCCGGGAUGGACCACGCGCUCGCGCCCUUUGCGCCGGCGAACCUGUACCAGCGGCUGAGCCAGGGGGUGCAGGAGCAGGGGGGGAUCUGCCAGGCGAUGGAGGACAGCUUCCUCGAGGGGGAGGAGGAGGGGAGCAUGGCGACGGAGAGGGAGGCCGGGGACUGGAUAAGGAGGUAUAGGGAGGCGAGGGUACGGUAUUAUCUCAGGCAGGAGCGGAAGGAGAGGUGGGAUGAGGGAAGGGUGGGCGGGUGGAGGUAG